AUGGGACUACUGCCACAAGUUGACCAGACAGCAUUAGAUUACGCAAGUCCUUUCACCGCCAUCCAAGGGCGUGGGCGUCAGCGUUUAAAGAGGUGGUUGUGUGUCUCCACAUUCUUAGCGACUCGUGCUGUUCAUCUUGAAGUAGCGUGGGGGCUCAAUACAAAUAGUUUUAUUAAUGUGCUGACUAGAUUUACAAGUAGGAGAGGAGUUCCCAAGGAAAUGAUCGGUGAUAACGGAAGCAACUUCGUCGGAGCGGUCAAUGAACUGAAGGAGCUUGUAGACCAGAUGGACAAGGAUAAGAUUCAGCGUAUGACUACAAACAAGGGAAUAAAGUGGAAAUUUAACCCCCCUCGAGGUCCCCGCUUCAGCGGAGUACACGAAAUAAUGGUUAAAGCCGUCAAGAAGGCGAUAUAUGCUGUUCUGGGAAGCAGUGACAUCAUGAAUGAAGAACUGACCACAGUCGUUGCCGGUGCUGAAGGUUUUCUUAAUUCGAGGCCGCUGACCUAUCAGUCAGCAGAUAUAAAGGAUGAAGUGCCAUUGACACCCAACCAUUUUUUGUAUGGACAAAUGGGAGAACAGUUUGCACCGGAGAGUGUUGAUACUAUGAGAUUCAAUCCAAGGAAGAGAUGGCGAAAGGUGCAAGAGUUAAUCUCUCGAGUGUGGUCUAGAUGUGAGACAAUGAGUGACAGCUGUCAAGUGAUUUUACGGAUAAAAACCAUGCGGUUCGCGCUGUCUGUUGUUGGGAUUCAGGAUUCGCCGGGCGUCGUUGAGUGUUUUGAUCGUGUCUCGCCAUAA